AUGGCGCUCAGCUUCUUCAGUGGCACCGGAAGCGCCAGCAACGCCAAGUACUUUGACAUUCGCUUGACCGAUGAGUACAUCGUUUUUCGCGGCGGCGAGCAUGAAGCCGCCAGCGCCCAUCUGAAAGGUACUCUGGUGCUCUGUCUGUCGGAGCCGCUUACAAUCAAGCACAUUCGGUUGCAGCUGACGGGCAUGUCGCGCGUUUGCUGGCACCUCCCGUCUAGUUCGACCGCCGGCGGCCGCAAGUCCUGGAGAGAACGAGUCUUCUACGAUAAGAUAUGGCGAUUCCGCGAUCCUGGCAAAGGCAAGACCGAGAUUCUGGCGGCGGGCAACUACGAGUACCCAUUCGACGUGGUCCUAGAGGGCUCUAUGCCCGAGAGCGUUGAGGGGCUGUCGGAGACCUGGGUGAUGUACCGCUUCAAAGCGGAGAUCGGGCGCAAGUAUGCCAAAGACAUUGUUGCACGGAAACCGCUGCGGAUCAUCCGAACUCUUGAUCCCAGCGCUCUGGAACUGUCCCAUGCGAUGUCUGUGGACAACAUCUGGCCAAACAAGAUCGAAUACUCCAUCAGCACUCCGACCAAGGCCGUCGUCUUCGGCACCUCCAUUCGGGUCGAUUUCAAGCUGAUCCCGCUGCUGAAGGGUUUGCGCAUCGGACAAAUUACGUCACAGCUGAUCGAAAGCCACGACCUCACGCUAAACCCGGAAGAUCCUGACUCCGUACGCAAUACCUACAAGAUUACCCGGACGAUCUUGACCGACGAGCAUGAGGUGGAUGAGGAUAAUGUCGAGAUCAUCGACGAGGCCGCCGAGGGCUACCAGUUCACGCGGUAUCUCGAUAUGCCGCAGACAUUGACCCGGUGUCUGCAGGAUACGGAUACCAAGGGCAUCAAGAUUCGCCAUAAGAUGAAGUUCCGCAUUCAGCUACACAACCCUGACGGUCAUGUCAGCGAGCUGCGCGCGACUCUCCCCGUAUCCAUCUUCAUCUCCCCCAACCUGCCCAUUGACGAGAACAACAACCUCCGUGACCAGACCCCCGCCGCCGCCCGGAGAACGGUGGACGACUUUGCCCACCAGGCCCCGCCGUUGUACAGCGAGCACCAAUUCGAUCAGCUGUACAGCGAGCUCGACCCUAGCGGAUACCGCACUCCAGGCCCCGGCAGCGGCCCCGGCACACCGUUUGGGCCUCUGAGCCGUAACAUCUCGGCGGAUAAUCUGGCUUCGAUGAACGCCCUGACCACCAGUGAUAUUUCAGCUUCCGCGCUACACAGCCGUCUCACAACGCUGCACGCUAAUCGCCUCGGUCACCAGUCACCCGGCGAUCCGUCGCCCGACUCUCCUACCGAGAGUCACCCCAACUCACGACAGCUUAAUGUCCAUUUCGGAGACUAUUUCGGACCUUCAUCCGGAUCCAACUCACACAGUCCUGGCAGCCCCGAGCUCUCCCGCCGAGCAUCGGACGAGGUGGAUCACGACCACAUCCCAUCUGGCAUGGCCACACCUUUCCACCCUCAGUAUGCCGAGGUUGAGACGCUCAGCCGCGUGCCUAGCUACUCGACUGCGGUCCGCGCCGUGGUAGGUCCUUGUGACUCCAAUCUCCCGGCCUACAAUGCAGUUAUUGCCGGUGACCUGCCCACUCCGCCGGUCCUCCAGUCCCCCCAGCAGGCUCACAUUCGCAGUGGCCGUAGCAGCGGGUUUACCACACCUCUAGAGGUGAAUCGCCCCGGAUACUUCCAUGCACCCGGCACCAACGCUGACGAUGCCGAACGCAGACUCCGAUUAGUGCAAGCUCGCGCUAGAGGAUGA